UCCUCAAGCUUUCUCCAUACCCCAAAAAAGAUUAAAAAGUCUCAGCAAAUUACAUGAAGAAGAGUUCUGAUUAACCGGAGAAUCAAAUCUCCGUUAAAUCUUACCCGGCGAGUUUCCGACGAUGAACGAUGGGCUUUUUUGGGAGACUGUUCGGGAGUAAAAAGUCUGAUAAAUCAUCUUCUUCGUCCAGAGAUAAACGGAGGUGGAGCUUCGCGACCAGAUCUUCUGGUUCAAGCAAGAGAGCUCCGUCCAAGUCUUCGGCUUCGGUGGCUGAGGAAAACGGUUUGGAUGCCGACAAACAUGCGAUAGCCGUUGCGGCUGCGACUGCCGCGGUGGCCGAAGCUGCUCUCACCGCUGCUCAUGCGGCUGCGGAAGUCGUCAGACUCACUAGCGGGAGAAAGGGAGGCGGCGGAAACUCGUCGGUGUUUCAAAUCGGAAGAAGUAACCGUCGGUGGGCUCAUGAGAAUCUCGCGGCUAGGAAGAUUCAAUCCGCUUUUCGUGGUUAUCUGGCGAGGAGAGCAUUAAGAGCACUAAAAGCAUUAGUGAAGCUUCAAGCACUAGUGAGAGGACACAUAGUGAGGAAACAAACCGCGGAUAUGCUUAGAAGGAUGCAGACUUUGGUUCGUCUCCAAUCUCAAGCUCGUGCUCGAGCCUCUCGUUCUUCUCACUCCUCUGCUUCUUUCCACUCCUCCACCGCUCUGUUGUUCCCAUCUUCCUCUUCUUCUCCGCGUUCUCUCCACACUCGCUGCGUUUCAAGCGCUGAAGUCAUCUCUAUGGACCACCGUGGUGGCUCUAAGCGGUUAGAUUGGCAAACUGAGGAAGUCCAAGACGAAGACAAGAUCCUAGAAGUGGAUACUUGGAAGCCUCAUUUUCAUCCCAAACCGCUACGUUCAGAGAGAAACAAUGAGUCUCCCAGGAAAAGACAACAAUCUUUGUUGGGUCCAAGAAGUACAGAGAAUAGUCCUCAAGUUGGGUCUAGUGGAUCAAGACGAAGAACUCCGUUUACCCCGACGUCAAGAAGCGAGUAUUCUUGGGGGUGUAAUAACUAUUACUACUCGGGUUAUCACCCGAAUUACAUGGCUAACACAGAGUCUUACAAAGCUAAAGUCAGGUCACAGAGCGCGCCUAAACAGAGAGCUGAUGUCUCUAAUGAGACCAGUGGCUACAAGAGAUCUGUUCAUGGACAGUAUUACUACUACACGGCGGUUGCAGAGGAGAGUACUGAUGUUGGAAGCCCCGGUUACUACGGAGGAGUUUCUGAUCGAUUGAAUCGGAACCAAAGCGCGAAAUCGAGGAUGCAUGCUUCGUUUCUUGUCUAGAUUUUAUGAUUCUCUUUUCUUUUUUCUUUUUUGGGUUUGAGUUUGGUAAUUUUCCAUUAACACUGGGGGUGUGUAAAUUGUUUUUAACAAGUUUCGAUUACUUGCAAAAGAAGGGAACAUAACUCUGUUCUCUGUCGAUGUUGACUAGUCUUCAUUGUUCAAUCAAGAUGAAUCGUUAUCAAA